UCUUGCAGCUGAUCAUUUUUUUUACUGAAUUUUAGAAUUUCAGGUUACUUUUCUGAUUACCUAUUAAGUUUAAAUGAACAGAAUGUCGUCCUUAAGAAAAUACAUCGAUAUUGGGGCUAACCUCACUGAUGAAAUGUAUCAAGGUGUUUACCAUGGAUCCAAGAAGCACCAACCAGAUUUGGAGAAAGUGCUAGCUCGUAGUUGGGCUAAUGGGAUGGAUAAAAUGAUUAUAACCGGCGGAAGCGUGACAGACAGCAAAAAAGCCAUUGAUCUCUCCCGAACAGAUUCAAGGCUGUUUGCUACAGUGGGUUGUCAUCCAACCAGAUGUACUGAGUUUGUGGCUGACCCAGAGUCCUACCUCAACGACUUGAGGCGACUUGUAACAGACAACAAAGACAAGGUUGUGGCCAUCGGAGAGUGUGGGCUGGACUAUGAAAGACUGCACUUUUGUGAAAAAGAUGUGCAACUAAAAUACUUUGAAAUCCAAUUGCAGUUGAGCCGUGAGUUCAACUUACCAUUGUUCCUUCAUUGCCGUGCCGCUGCUGAUGAUUUGGUGGAAAUCUUGAGUAGGAAUAAGGAUAAUGUUGUGGGUGGUGUGGUGCACUCAUUUGACGGACCUGAGGAAGCCCUAAACAAGAUUCUUGCAAUGGGAAUGUACAUAGGUAUCAAUGGAUGUUCACUCAGAACAGAAGAAAAUCUGGAAGUAGCAUUAAAAAUUCCAAGAGAUAGACUGAUGAUAGAGACCGACUGCCCUUGGUGUGAAGUGAAACAAACCCACCCUGGUUUCAAGCAUGUGGCUACAAAAUUUCCAUCGGUGAAGAAAGAAAAAUACUCAGUGGACUCAAAAAAUCAAGUGAAAGGAAGAAAUGAACCAGUGAACAUAGUACAUGUCCUGGAGAUCUUGGCUGCUCUCAGGAAGGAGAAUAUUGAUGAAUUAGCAAAUGCUAUUUAUGAAAAUACUAAUAGAUUAUUCUUUUCUAAUAAUAAAUAAAUAUUGUUUA